AUGUCGUCUAUUCUAUAUUCUACUACUAUUACUAACCUUCCACUACUUCCAAUGGCUCAUUUGGUCAAAACACUAGAUGUCAAAUCUCUGAUCAAUCUAUCCAAGACUGCUGAUAUAUUCAAACAAUUCAUUCAACUUCUACAUAUUCCAUCUGGCGGAUAUCACAUUUGUGUUCGAAGCCAUCGAGUUGAUAUCUAUAUUCCAUCCAGAAACUACUCUCAAUCGUUCCAUCAUUCCAGCAAGUUUAUCCUGAUCAAUGCAAUGUAUGAUAUUCAUGAAGAACUUUCUGAUCUACUCCCUGGAAAUCUGGAUUAUCUCAAUAUUGAUCCAGAUCUUGUCAGUUAUUUCGAUGCUUUCAAUCAGAAAUGCACAGUCCUAUCGGUCGGUGAAAAAUCAUAUGAAUACUCAGAAGCGAAUGUGGAAUGUAUGGAUGACUGUACUUCAGAAGAUCUUGAUAUUCUAUUGGAUGGUGUCGAUUUUCAGAAGGGACUCGCGUUGAAUGGACCAAUAGAACUCAGAACUGAACACUACAAAAUCUUCAAUAUCGAUUGGUUGCAAGUCAGAAAUUCGUCAUGGAUCACACCAGAAUUCCUGCGGAAAUUGAAGAACAAAGUGAUCUUUUUGGCUGAUAUCUGGACUUUGACAGAGCAGAAUAUCAAUGAGUUUAUUUGUGAUAUGAGAGAUGGAAAGAUCAAUGAAAAUCUUCAAGUAAUCGGAUUCGGUCGAUAUGGAGGAUGGAAUACUGUAUCUAUUCUUCAAGGAAUACAAGUUGUUGAACAAAGAGACCAAGUCUACAAACUGCCGGAAUAUGAUCCCAGAAUCAUGACGGAGAAAUUCUUACCACGUGGAUUCAAUUCUGACGGUUUUAAAAUCAAGGAAUCCUAUGAUUUCAUUAGAAACGAUGGAAUCAAAUGUAGCAUUCAAUUCUGGCGGUCGACAAUUCGCAUCUAUGUUUGGAACCAGAAGAAAGAGGGAACCGUCACAAAGAAGCGAUGGAAUACUAAUGAUAUCAAUGGAUCACCAGUGAAAAAACAUAGUUAA